AAGAAAAUGGUGCUUUUACAGUAGUGACUGAUAACUAUGUGAAAGAAGAAGAAGGUACAGGGGUUGUACAUCAAGCUCCUUACUUUGGCGCUGAUGACUACAGAGUCUGCAUGGAUUUUAAUAUUAUUCAGAAAGAUUCUGUGCCAGUUUGUCCUGUUGAUGCCUCAGGCUGUUUCACAGCAGAAGUGGCUGACUUUGCUGGACAGUACGUGAAGGAUGCAGAUAAGAACAUUAUCAAGGCUCUAAAAGAGCAAGGAAGACUGGUCCAUACCAGCAGUUUCAAGCACAACUAUCCUUUUUGCUGGAGGUAUGGAGAAGAAUUAAUACAAUACAUGUUUACAAGUCAGAUUGCUGACAAAUUCUUCUUACAAUGUUGUUGUAAUUAUUCUUACCUCGAAAAUAAAACUAGCAAAUUUUUAUUUCCAGUUAGCUUCUAAGAAAAGAAGUUUCCU